AUGGCAGCUGCCCCGCUAGAGAGCUCUAGCACCCCGCCUGACGCUAUAUCGAUCGACUCGACGCGUCCCUCCGGCGAUUCCAUGGAAGACAUCGAUCCUCAAUCUACCCGAAAACGUCCUCGUCUCGACAGUGGCAGUGGUGCACUGGAGACUUUGUCUACCGAUGACCCGUCUCGUUCUCGCACGUCCGAACCGACCCCGGAUGCUCCUGCCAUGACCGAUAAAGAAGAGCCCCAAAUUCCUUCGUCCUCCCGGCCCGCCAGCCGAGUGACAAUCAACAUGAAAUCCCCUCCGACUGAAACCCCUGCCUCUGGCCUCGAAGAUCCCUCCGACCACCCCAGUGCGACGCUUCCUGCCGCUUCCCCCGACGAGAGCGGCGCGCGGCCUUCCAACGCUAUCUCGGUUUCCUCUUCGCGCACACAGAGCCCAGAGAUCGAGGUCGCCGAACUCGAGGAUAUGGAUCAGGAUCCAGGUACAUCAAACUGGCGAUCGCUGGGCGAGGCGUUGCGGGAUCCCGAGGUCGUGCAGCUCCACGAGCAACAGUCGCUAAUCGACACGUUUCCCCGGCUUCGGCAGGACAUAGACGCCACGGAGAACCUGGAGGAGAUUGCGGCGAUCCUGGAAAAAGGUCCUCCGCAUGACUCGACGGUCUUUUUCGCGGUCAAAACAUGGCUUGAGGAUGUCGCGCAUAAUUUGGACCAACUGUCGUAUGCGGUGCUGCUGGAAGACAGGGCGUUCUGGGAAGGUGUUCCACUGCUGACCGAGAGUCUGCUCCGCCGAACACAAGACUUCCAGGUCGAUGGCAACCAGGAUCUUUGGAUAUUAUUAGAGGAGUUUUUCCUCAGCCAUGCUCAAAUCACGAUCCACAUGAUGUGCCUGGAUGUCAUCAUUCUGCGACAAUUAGCCGAAGAACCGGAACUCCCAGUGCCUGAUUUAUUCUCAAGGGGCUACUUGUCAUCACUCGGCUGGACAUUACAGCUAACCGCCAUUCCUCUGUUCCGUGCUAUGGAGCGAUUUCAUGGGCCCGGUGUUGGGAAUCUAGUCGUUCGACUGGGUGAUCAGCUUCUGGUGCCUCCCUUCAACCUCAUCAAACGGCUAGCUGAUCUUGCCCUCUAUAUACUGGCCCUCGUCCCACGGGAACCCCAGUUGUCGUCGCCUCUAGGAUCGAUAGUGACGACGCUACACAAUCUGGCGGAGUCGUGGAGUGAGCGGAAGAAAUUCGAAGUGGAUGAAACCACAGCAGACUCCUCCCCAGCCUACUUGGAAUUUGCGAAAGCAGCCUACGACUUGAUCCGGGUUAUUGACGACAAGUACCAGGCGCAUAUCACUAAAAAAUCGCCGUGGGUCUCCAGCGAUGUCAGUGAGUCGAUGAUUCGUGUCAUAUCUUGGUUCUAUCUUUGCCUGUGCCAUUGCGACUCGACGUUUGUACAGCAAAUUGCCCAGGAUCUUUCGAUCGGCCUGCCAGAGAAUAUACCUGUGGACACAUACCCAUCCAUCCUCUACUACGGUUGGAAGUUCAUGACCCUAAAGAAGCAUAUUACUGAGGGUCGUAUGGAGCUCAGAGUCCACGGGAUAGAGUCCAUGCAAAUGGAACUAGUCAACGUGUGGAGACAGCAUAUUCAGCAUAAUCCCGCUGGCACCGAGGACCCAGUUGUUCAAUACCUCCUGGGAUUCCUGAGGGAAAAUGAAAUUCUUCAGUACAUUGUGGGGGUCGACUCUCAUCCUCAGUUGAUCAGCAGGAGUGGAAACAUUCUUGGUUUCUUGGUUGUUACUUCGACAUAUACAGAUGCUGACACAGACAUCAUCUGGAAGACGGUUACGGAAAGUCCGGACGCCAGAAUGGUGUCUGAAGUGUUAGGGAUGCUCACUAGAACGUUCAGUAUGCACGUUUCGUCUUCUCCAGCUUUGCUCUAUCUGUGCGCCAAAGUAUUGGACCUUCCGCUUUUCCGGUUCGAUCCCCGGAUGGUGGAGUUCUGUGAGCAACUUCUUCACCAUGUUCGCGACAAGCAUGGGGAUGAGUCAGAUGUAGAUGCCAUCCCACUACGUCUAUGUGUCCGUCUAAUUCGAGAGAGUGCUGCGGCCGAGGAUAUCAGCGUCGAACAGAAGGCGCUUGUCCAGAAGUUUGCCAGCACGCAACUGAGCCUGUUCAUGAAUGUUGGGCUCAGUGAAAUGGAUAAGAUGGAGACAUAUGAGCGUUGCAUCCAAGAUGUUGCUGAAAUGAACCAGUUCGUUGUCGGCAGCAUUCAAGCUUUGAAUGCGUUACUUCCUCCGCACGACUCCCAGGAAAUACAGAGACUGGCUAUGGAUUUCGACUUAGCGCGCUUGGUGAUCGCUGAAUUAGCCCAUACCGUGGAAACGAACAAGACGGACUUCAGUGACCCAUUUUCUAAGAAUGGAUUUCUAUCGCGCAUUCAACUGCUGGCCCGCGUCAUUGAUAAGGUCCCUGAGUACAUUACCGAGGACCUAAGCGACUUGCUCUGGUGGAAGAUCUUCAUGUCGAAGACACUCGUCCCAUUUGGCAGAAGAGCCUUAUGGGAUACGUUGUGUGGUCUCACCAGUCACGGAGGCAAGAGAAACCCGUUCAUUGAGCGUUGCAUUCACAGCUAUCUCCCCAAAGUGUCUCCAUCUGACUACUCUCCCGAUGUCCUCGCCUUUGCUAAGCAAACCAUCAACUACGAAGUGCGUUUCGAUCCCCCGCCGGUAGUGGACGAGAAUGAGGUGAUAUCAGUUCCGGGUAUUGAACGCAUAUGGACGUUCAUUUUGACUGCUCCACCGGGUUCGAUCGAGACGGAUGCAACCAGAUUCGCUAUAGAGAUCUACCUUGACCAUGGUAUGAUCCGUCGGUCGCCGAAAUCAGCUAUCGAGGCCACCCAUAUCGCACUAGUCGACCGCUGCGUAGAUCAGCUGAAAUCUGCCGCAUCCAAGCUGAAGUCAUCAGAUACCGAUUCCAUGAAUGAGACUAGCGCGGACGAACUACGAUUCAGUCGUUCCCUGCUCUUUCUCCGCCAAUUUCUCCAAGGCCUGCGGAGCCGUCCCCAGUACAGCCCCCCGCAAGGGCCACCCCCUGGGCUGCCUGGUAAAGGCGAUCUCGUUGACAUUCGUUACCAAGCCUUUGAUGGCAAUGGGCAGUCAACAGUUAGGUCAUUGCGCAUCGGCGAUCUAUCUACAGCUGCCGAGCUGGUUGAGAAAUUUGCCCAGCUUACAGGAUUCUCCAAGUUUAACACAAUCUUCGCUGGACGACGAGUAAACCUACUUGAGAAUCCUAACCUGACUGUUCGAGAAUUGAAACUUACCUCUGGAUUGGUGCUGGUUCAGAAAGAUCCUGACAGCCGCCAGGUGGCUCUAACAGGUCGUCGCCAGUCAUUGACCCCAGUGGAUUCUGAAGUUUUGAAACAUUUCGACGACCUUUACGACCUUCUUGAACUUGAAGAUCAUCUCGCGCGAGAGAUCUACGACUUCCUUGUCGUUUUCCCGCCCCAGGAAAGAGUCUUGCAGCUGGUCAAGUCGAUAGAUAAAACUGCGGACGAUAUGUUUCCAAUGGAAAAGCCGUACAGCUUCCUCUAUUCGGUGAAUGCGCUUUCCACGUGCUUGAGGGAGGAAGCGUCAGAGGCAUCUCCGAACAAAUCCUUCGUCGUGCAUAGUAUCCGUGUAUUGGUUGCGGCCUUAACGCGGCCCGCAAUGUCAGAGGCUCUCACAGAGUCUCCUGCGAAACUAUUGUUUGCGACCAGCCUUGUAGAGUGUCUUCUUCACGCUUUUCAAGUGAAACCAAUAGCGGAUGAGACGAACCUGAUUCCUGACUACUCGGCUUUGGCAAAGCAGUUGCUACAUCUGAUAGUGCUUGCCCACAAUCUACGUCCUGACCGUAUAUCGGAAGCCAAUGUUUACAAGCUCGUAUGCCACUCAUUCGCCAUCUUAAUGGAAGCGUCAGUUUUGGACUCAGACUUCUGGACCGUGGUGAAAGAACAAGCGCGCUUUGGCCAACUGCUGUCCUCACUCCUUCUGGAUGAGCCACGACAGCCAAUUCGGAAAGGAAUCUCAGAUAACAUUGCGGUGGAAUGCAGUCCGUCCGCGUUGUUGAAAAAAUCAGGAAAGCUGCAGGUCGACUCUGCUCAAGGGCCGGGUCAAAUGGAUCCUGAGCACUCUGUGAGGAUCGAUAUUCUCGCCACAAUUUGGGAGUCCUUUUUACAGAAUUUCCCCCAGACCGUGGACCAUGUUCAUCAAUGCCAGGAGUUUUUCGAGAUCGCACAUAGUGUGUUUCACUCUGUUGUUGAGAAGUCACCCAACGAUCAUGUAUUAAGCGAAUACCUCAAACAGUGGAGCGACAUUAUGUUGAGCCAUCAGACAGAAGAAUUCGUCGGGCGAGAGCCUAUUGACCAUUUGAUCUUUGGGUUCUGUCGUCUCCUCAAGUCGUGUCUGGAACUCGCAGAACAGGCCAACGUGAUAUUGGAUACAUUGUUAGUUUACCUGAAAACCCCAGUGCAACCAUCCAGAGAUGCUGAUGUCGUCUGCAGCGACUUGACUGAGAAACUGUUCGAUCGUUAUCUUUUCCCAGAUUUCUCGAGCCGAUCAUCUACCCUGAUCAGACCCAAGGUUCCCAUCAUGCACGGACAGACCCGUCAGGAACUCUACAGGAUUCUCACCCUGCUCUGCAAAUAUGAUCAGAAUUAUAUGGGCAUGGUCGAUUGCCUGGAAGAUAUUAUCCCACAAGACGAGACAUACUCGCCAUCUUGGUAUUUUGAUCGGUAUAAGAUGAUACGAUCUCCAGAAGGCUAUGCCGGCCUCAAGAACCUGUCGAAUACUUGCUAUCUGAACUCACUCCUGACACAACUUUUCAUGAAUGUCGGGUUUCGUGAUUUCUUGAUGAAACUUGAGCUUACGGACCCAGAGUCGUCUCAGAAACUGCUUUAUGAGACGAAGAAGCUCUUCGGCUAUAUGCAAGAGACAUGGCUCAAGAGCGUUGACCCCCAAGAUUUAGUUGAUUCUAUCAGAACCUACGACAACGAACCGGUCGACGUGACGAUACAAAUGGAUGUCGAUGAGUUCUAUAACUUGUUGUUUGACAGGUGGGAAGCGCAGAUCCUGGAUGCGGAAGACAAGAAGAAAUUCAGGUCUUUCUAUGGGGGCCAGUUGGUUCAACAGAUCAAGUCCAAAGAGUGCUCUCACAUAUCUGAGCGCCUUGAGCCGUUCUCUGCCAUUCAGUGCGACAUUAAAGGAAAAGCAAGCUUGGAGGAGAGCUUACAAGCUUACGUCGAAGGUGAAAUCAUGCAAGGAGCGUGCUUGAAGGAUGUCCCUGACAAUCUAAUCUUCCAUCUGAAACGCUUUGACUUCGACAUGGUCACUAUGAUGCGGAGCAAGAUCAAUGAUGAGUUCCAAUUUCCGGAGCGAAUUGACAUGACGCCAUUCAAAGUUGACUAUCUCUCCAAUCCCGAUGGACACGUGGAAGAAGAUAUCUUCGAGUUAGUCGGUGUCUUAGUUCAUACUGGCACUGCUGAGUCCGGCCAUUACUACUCGUAUAUCCGCGAGAGGCCGAGUACUGGAGGUAGGGGCUCAUGGGUUGAGUUCAAUGACUCGGACGUGACCAGGUUCGAUCAGACGAAGAUUGCAGACCAGUGUUUCGGUGGAUACAAUGAUUCCCCCAACAUGCAGGUCCGGUUCAACAAGGUCUGGAAUGCGUACAUGUUGUUCUACCAACGCGUCUCCAGCAUGGAGUCUGCGAAAGAAGCCUACCGUCCUACCGCAAACAACUUACCCGUCCACGUGCCACUGCCGGUGUCUCUUGCGAACCAUAUAACGUUGGAAAAUGAGGUUUUCAUUCGAACGUUCUGCCUCCUGGACCCCUACCACACCUUUUUUGUGCAAUUUAUUCUCUCCAGACUCCACGAAACAAAGCUCCAGGAGGCAGAGAGACCGAAAUUGGACCGGACUGUCAUUUUCAUCUCGUUGGACACUUUAGAGCAGUUGGUCGCGCGGACCAAGGACACUGUGGGCCUCGAUGCCAUCGUGGCCGAGCUCCUGAAGGCUAUAAAUGAACUCCCAAAGGCCGCCCACCGAGUCCUUCAAUGGAUCGUGGAGAAGCCAACUGGUCUUCGAAACCUGCUACUGAGAAGCCCGCAUGCGUCCAUCCGCAGCAGUGCGAUCAAAAUUUUCAUGUGCGCCUUGUCGAAACUACAAGAGCUUCGUGAAAACGCAGAGGAUGGGAGCUUGGAAAAAUCGAAAUGGGAGCGUCGGUAUUGGGAAGGAUUUGAGAAUGUCGUGGCUACACUUGAGAGUCUUUGGGCCACCAUCCAUACGUUCAGUCGCGCCUGGGAUGAUUACUUCGAGUUCCUACUCCUGCUUGCGAGCUUUGGAACAGAGGAAGCCGCGCUCGUCCUCAAGUACGGAUUCCUUCUGAAGUGUCUAGAGAUCAUAUGGCUAGACCGGGAAGACGCAAAGCGAUUGAAGCGUCAGUAUCUUGGCUAUUUCAGACUUAUUGAGAAGGGCCGGAGAUUCUCGCACAAGAAGCUCACAGAGCUACUGGCAGUUUUGUUAUCCUAUAUUGAUCUUACGGUCUCGCCGACGCCGGAUGAUAAGCGACACAGUCUGCCUAACGGCAAGUACACGCUUACGGCCUCUGAGGCUAGCCUCAUUCGUCCUCUGGGGAGAAGCGGAGAACUGGUUUUGUUGAAGAAAAUCCUUCAGCAAUACCACAGCCCCCAGGCCUGCAGGAGCCUGGUCGGCCAAUUGCUGGACGCAGAGCCAGAGGCUGGUUUUUCGGAGCCAAUUUGCAAGGUCCUGGAGGAUGGUCUCAGAGUUGCGCCUGCAGAACUGUGCUUCCCGUUCUUGGAAGCUACAUUGAUCUUCUGCCGCCGAAGCCCGGACAAGGAGCGGGUCGUAUCGUUGAUCGACUACGUUGCAAACGGGGUCGAGACUAUCAACGGCAGCGGAGGCAAAGAGCACCUGGCUUUCUUCACGGAACUCCUAUCAUGUCGGAAUAACCAACUGAGCCUUGAUGAGACUUGGUUCUUGAGUCGACUUGUGGAUCGGAUCCCUGACUGGGCUCCAACCUUGCUUUUAUUUCCGGAAGCCGCUGUCAGAAAAAUGACCACAGAGCUCUUACAGGGCAUUCUGUUCACAGGCGAAGCGGGCGAGAUGGGAGAAGACUGGCAACAGCGCCAUUCCGACAUCGCCAGGGAGCUUGUGCGAGCAAGCAUUGACAGGUUAAAGAAGGCGGUUCUCACUGCUCCCGGGGGCAGCGUGGAAACAAAGACCAUUGAAACGAUGAAGACUGUGAUCAAUCAUUGCCUUGCAUCAUACUUUGACGAGUCCGAGCAAGACCAGGAAUAUGUCCGACAGGCUCGUGCUGAGAUAGAGUCGAUCGAUGAACUGGCCGUUGACGUCCCAGAAGAGCUCGCUUCCGACUCUGAUGCUCCUUCUGCAGAAGAAUGGGAAGACAAUUCCAUGGCGAGCGACUCGGACGUUGGUGUGGCCGGCUCUCCAUAA